AGUGCAUCACUCGACCACACCACUACUACUCUACCUUAGAGCUCAGUCCAGUCCCUGCUCGUGUCACUCCCCUCACCACUACUACUGCUACCAUCUCCCCCAUCUUGCACACUACCACAAUGUCCACUGUCACCCCAUCCAAGGCCGCUGCCGCCGCCCUCUCCGAGUUCUCCCUCAACACGCCCGUCAAGAGCGCGCAGCCCGACCUCCUCUCCAAGCUCAAGGCUGCUGCUGCUGCCGAGGCUGGCAUCAAGGAGACCGCCCCCGCUGGCAAGGACAAGGUCGUCAUCCAGGAGAACGUCCAGGACGAGGCCGUCGAGGAGGAGGACGAGUACUCUCUCCGCCAGCGCUACGUCGGUGACAUCCACUGCACCGAGGCCGACGAGCCCCUCCUCAAGGAGACCACCUCGCGUUUCGUCCUCUUCCCCAUCAAGUUCCGUGAGAUCUGGCAGAUGUACAAGAAGGCUCAGGCCUCGUUCUGGACCGCCGAGGAGAUCAACCUCGCCCCCGACCUUCACGACUGGGACAACAAGCUCAAUGACAACGAGCGUUACUUCAUCGAGCACGUCCUCGCCUUCUUCGCUGCUUCUGACGGCAUUGUCAACGAGAACCUUGUCGAGCGCUUCUGCUCAGAGGUCCAGUGCAUGGAGGCCAAGACUUUCUACGGCUUCCAGAUCAUGAUGGAGAACAUCCACUCCGAGACCUACUCGCUCCUCAUCGACACGUACAUUCGCGACAAUGCUCGCCGCGAGUACCUCUUCCAGGCCAUUGACACCAUCCCCUGCAUCAAGAAGAAGGCCGACUGGGCCCUCCACUGGAUCUCGGACAAGCGCUCGUCUUUUGCUGAGCGUCUGAUUGCGUUCGCCGCCGUCGAGGGCAUCUUCUUCUCGGGCUCGUUUGCCUCGAUCUUCUGGCUCAAGAAGCGUGGCCUCAUGCCCGGUCUCACCUUCUCCAACGAGCUCAUCUCGCGUGACGAGGGUCUCCACACCGACUUUGCCUGCCUCCUCUUCACCCACCUCCGUCGCCGCCCUCACCCCGACACCAUUGUCAAGAUCAUCAAGGAGGCUGUCGCUAUCGAGCAGGAGUUCCUCACCGAGGCCCUCCCCGUCUCGCUCAUCGGCAUGAACUCCAAGCUCAUGUGCCAGUACAUUGAGUUUGUUGCCGACCGCCUGCUUGUUGCCCUCGGCAACGACAAGCUCUACAACUCGACCAACCCCUUCGACUUUAUGGAGAUGAUCUCGCUCCAGGGCAAGGCCAACUUCUUCGAGUCGCGUGUCUCGGCCUACUCCAAGUCGGGUGUCAACCAGGCUGUUGGCCAGUCGUCCGAGGAGGCCGCUGCCAAGCGCGGUUUCUCGCUGGACGAGGACUUCUAA